AUGACCCAGUGGGUGCUAGGCGGAGUGCUCGGCUACGCCCCUCUCUUGGGCAUCCCUCCCCCGGCGGACUUGCAUCGCGAAGACGCCGCUCUCCACAGACUCUUGCAUGCAGGACUUGGUGUGCGCAGCACCUCGGAGCGGGUGAGCCUGUCUGCUCCUCGCUCUGCCGGGGGCCUGGGCAUCCCGUUACUCUCCGAGAUGCUCGUAGCCGCUGUGGCUUCUGACCUGCUUCUGCUGCUCAACGGUACCUCCCAAGCAGCUGACCUGGCUCGUGAUAGUCUCCGUGCAGCUUUGGACUCCCCGCCAGCCGAGCUACCACAGCACCGCGGUCUGGUUGUCACAGCCCUGCACUUCCUUGCCGGCUACGGCUUGUACCUCAGCGUGUCGACCGACCGCUUCAUUAGCCGCCUACUGGACAACCUUAACCCUGCUCCCCCCCAGCCGCUACACGGCCCUUUCAACCCUAGCCGAUUUGAAUCUGCGGCGCGUUUUGCGCGAUGUGGCAUCUUCGCCAACUCUGUCAGAGCCGCCUGGAAACAACUGCUAGCCCAGUAUAUCCCGCCGUCUCGCUGGGGAGAGGCAGAGCUGUGGUCUAACCUCCUGCCCGAACACCUACCUCUCUCCAGUCAGGCCUGCGCCAGAGCUGCACGAGCGGCCCUGCAACAAGCGGAUUCUGACUGGCAGCAAGAAUGCCUCAUCUUUCACGUCCCUGCAGCCCCUGCGCCAGCAGAGGACUGGAGGGAUGUGGCCUGGGUAGACCCCUGGCUCCCUUCGGGGGACCCCCGUUCUGGCCACCUGCUCGCCCCCGUUUCCAACUUUACAGCUACCUCUGACUUUGCUCUGUUCGGAGACGGAGGCUUCUCCGCGGCGCAAGGCGCCACUUUCUGCAGCCAAGCGCGCGGUUUUGGCCAGACCGGUCGGUAUUGGGAGGACUCAUCGUGGGCUUCUCAACGCCUGCUAGGCCGCCUCCCCGCCAGGUAUGGAUGGGAGAAUUGCACCGUGCAUACGGCUGAACUCCACUCCUUGUUGUGUGCUCUCCGGUUUCGGGUACCGGGGCGUUGGCACCUCCUAGUUUUUGAUCGCAGCUCUCUUUUCCAAGUCAUGCACUCUGCCUUGCGGGGCACCUUGAACCAACUGCUCCACUCCUCGUGCUGCACGCUUGUGCUCCUUUUGCGCCGCGUGCUGAAACAACUUGAACAGGCUUGGGAUGGGACCUGCCCCCUGCCUGCUUGGAAGCUGCAUCAACAACACUACCCGUCACACUGGCACACAUUCGCACCGAUUGGCGACAAACUCAAGUGCCACUCCCGCAUAGCCUUCGAGGCCAUCGGGCUGGUAGGCCUCGAUAUUAAAAGUCAUCAAGCAGGCUCCCCUAUCCCCUUUCCCAACCUUGUCCAGGGCAACGUCGUCCAAGACCAAGGCUGUGAUGCAGCCCGCCUGUCCACGUCCCCUGCGGGCCGUUUGCCUGGUUCUCUGAUCAAGGCUAUAUGGUCACCAGCCCCAUACGAGAGCACGUCCGGCACAAACUGCGCAGCUCUUGCCUCCACGACUGGUGCUCUCGUCCUGUGCAAGGCCUCCUGCCACGGUUGGCUCACGAGGUUCAUCAGCCCACACUGGACCCCGCCCUUUACUCGCAGUGCCAUUUUUCCGGCCGCUGGGAGCGAUGGAUGCUCCCUUCUGACCGCCUGCCGCUGGACCUAUCUGCCACGGCCUACCGACGCUCAUGCAGAUGUGGCCGCCCUUGCGGACACGUGGGCGACGCAAGCGGGCCUGCCCUCCCCGCGCACCUGUCCACUCUGCCAAGCUGGGCCUGGCACGCCUCGCCAUGUCGUCAUGUCGUGCAAGGCCUUAGCCCCGGCCGCAGACAUGCUACGCGACGACAUAGAGGCUGAACUUCAAACCCUCGCCACCGCCGAGUCACUCCGCCAAGCAGCCCAGGCCUGGCCACAUCAGGCUCGCGCUGACGCCCUCCCGGCCCAAUGCGCGGAACGAGACGCUCUGCGCUGGCCCAUCCUGUCCGCAUGGCGGUGGCUUGUGGUUCUCCCCGGGCGGGAGCCCCUCCUUUCUGUUGAUGUAGAUGGUAGCAGUGCGACAGGCACUGGCCGCGAACGCGGCACAGAUCUGGCUUAUCGGGCGGUGCUGCCCAUCAAACUCGGUAAGGCGCUGUGCACAGAUGCCAGCAUGGAGCAGACGAAGGCGCUGGAGCAUUUUGCCACCCUUCGCCAGCCCCUGGCCCUUCAGCAAGAACUACGCUCACUUUCCAAAGCACGGGCCCCACAUGCUCCGGCCAUCCACCUUACAAAGUGCCUUCUCCUUGGCAUCAGGCGUUUACGACAGGCCUACCAAGCACGCUUGGAUGCUUGGAUACGAAUCUGCCGCAUCGCUAUCCCUCUGGCCUUGGGGGACGAUGCUCCAGCUGCUCUGCACCCGCCUCGGCAGGAUGCGGCAUCCUCACUCCGCACUUGGUUGGCCACCCCGCCCGGGCAGUCGCUGCUCACUGAGCUCCGUUGGGCCCUCCUGCGCCCGCCUGCUGCCUUGGCCAGAAUCCGAGCUAUGGGUCCGUGCGGCCGACUAGCUGAUUCUGCCUUGCUGGCAGCGCUGGCUCAGCACGGGGCUGCAGUCUUCCAAGACGAUGCUCCUGCCUGGGGCGACCCUCAAUUGCCCACAUGGCAUGACGCCGUUGCUGGCCUGGCCCAAACGUGCGUGUGCCCGCAGGCCAACAUCCAACGCUUAUUUUGUUGCUGGACUUGUGGCGGGGCUGCCUGGCCGCCUUCCGGCCGGAACCCCUCACCAUGCCCUUUUUGCAAAGCUUGCGUUGGUGUUCCUUGUGCCUCGUGCAACCGCAUUCUGCAUUCUCGCACGCAGUGCCGUUGGAACUGCGGCGCUCACCCCGCUUAUUUCCGGCCUGACGCGGCCCCCCUCUGCCCGGACUGCUGGCUCAUGUGGGCCCGCGACUUGCAAGCUUGCCCUUUGCGUCGUCGUCCCCCGCCCCUUGCGGGCGAUCUCCUGCAGCACCUCCAGCAUGUUGCCGACUGCUGCCAAGCCGGAGCUGGCUCCCAGGCAGCUCUCCCAUCCGUGCUGCGGCUUAAGCAUGUUCGGCGGUGGCUGCUGGCACGCAUCCGCCAAUGUAGUGGCGCGGAUCUCGGCAGCUUGCAACAAGACCUGGCCGCCCGCUGCCCGGCUGACACGCCGGAAGACACCUUGCAACGCUUGCUCCUCUUAGCCUCGCAAGCACUCCGUGCGGAGGGCCUCGCCACCCUGCAGCGAGACUUCCUUGUGCCGCUCCCGGUGUAA